AUGCGGUUCUCCCGAGGUCGCGAAUCCUUGUAUGCUCCUGCGAUGGAGUCGCCAGCUGGCUGCUUACCCUGCGUCAUCUGCGAAUCCUGCGUACAUUUUUCGGAGAAGCACCCCACCGCAUUCGAUGAUUUCUCCGCCAUCUUCAGCAGCCAACCAGCGCGGGCGGAUUACGAUGCGAGGCUUCUUGUGGGAAGCUUGCAGCAUCGUGCUGGGAAUCAGGAGAAGGAUGAGUGCACCUCCUCUCUAGCGCUCCUUGGGCUCGUGGCCGGCGCGGCCUCGCAGACAGUGACGGCGCCGUACACGGACCCGCUCACGGGCAUCGACUUCCAGGCGUACACGGAUCCGGAGACUGGAUAUAUCUUUGGGAUUGCUUUGCCGGAGACGGUUGGGACGGACUUUAUUGGGCAGAUUGUCGCACCUCUCACGGAUGGCGCGGGCUGGGGCGGUGCCAUGGUCGGACCGCUGCUCGUUGUGACCUGGCCGAAUGAAGGAGAGGUGCAGCACUCAUUCCGCCAGGCGACGUACGCUCUAUUCUGCCCCGAUUACGCCACCCCGCCCGUCUUCGACGGCUCGGUAUCGCUCUCGACGAUCCCCGACGGCACGUCCGUCAACGAGACGCACAUCGCGCUGACCUUCCUCUGCGCGGGCUGCGUCGAUGCAGACCUGUCCUUUGCGCCGGACGCUGAGUCCUCGGUCAUGGGCUUCGCGGUGUCGGACUCGCCGCCGGCAGACCCCGCAGAUGAGGGGACGGAGCUGGUGUAUCAUUCAUUUGGGUUUGGCGAGUUCGGGGUGUUGAUCUCGGAUGCGAAGUCGGCGGAGUACGAUGAGUGGGCGGCGUUGGCUACGGGAGGAGCGGCUUCAUCGAGCGCUGCUCAGCCGUCGGCUUCUGCCCAAUGA